AUCUGCCAACGGAAUUACCACUAAAUGGCAGGUUUACGGGCCGUUUUGUCUUAGGCCAAAUACGAUUGCACGGGAUAUCGUGCCUUUGGUGUUAUUCAGCGUAACAGGUUGUUUCCAAAUGUCAUUUCAAGAAACUAUAAAAAAUUUGGACAGUCUUUGACUUUCAAAAUAACUCUGCUAAAAUUGUGAACUUUUAGUCAAACUGUUAAAACUGAAAGAAAUAAGAUAGAUCGUGAACUUAUUUUCUACAACUUGGAUUUUUGGCUGAUGAUGACAUCAAGAGAAGAGCACAUAAUCACAAAAUGGCAGUCAUCAUCGGAGUCAAUUGAAAAGGGAGAAAAUGUUGUUGAUCAUCGGUUGCCACUGCCCGUGGAGUCUGCGAGCUUCAAUCAAAAAGGUGGAGGUGUUAUAGAUCAUGAAUCAACACUGACGUUAAGUUCAGUUAAUGUGGAUAAAAAAGACGACGAGGUUAAGAUUGAACAGAACAUACAUUCUCACGUGCUUUUUGCCUUUAAUUACAAAAAAGAAAGUGAUGACCUUCUAAGAAAAGAUUUUAAACCACAGGAAGGUGUAAAUCUACAGCAACUGAUGGAUGAUUCUGACGUGUGCUGUGAUGUUGCUCCUAUAAAUUGUAUUUAAUGUCAAAGGAGGACAGACAGACAUUAUCAGAAAACACCAAGUUCAUUCCCAUUUGAAACUGAUAUACCAGAUUCUACAGAGAAAAUAUCACAUGUGGAUAGCUCAGCAUCUCCAGCCACUCCCAAAGCAGUUCAUGGACACCAGCGACGUAUUUCAGAAACUUCCUCGACCAGCUCCAAGAAAUCAUCAAUAUUCUCCUUUUUUAGAAAAUGACACAGUAGUUGUUUUUUAUAUGAAAACUUACAGAAAUUUGAAAUGCUUCUAGAGUGAGCACACAUCAAAUUUGGUCAAAGUUACUUAGAUUUUGUUAUUGGAAGUCUGAUAUUAGCACAAAAAAAUAUAUUAGUAAUAUAAAGCACUAAUAGGUGCACGACUGUUAAUCAGAGUGGAAUAUACUGUUAAAAUAUUCGUUUUUUUUUUUACUGAACUUUCUACUCCAUGAUUUUAUUUAUUCCUAGAUUCUUCAGUAAGAGCUUAUUGGCUGGAUUUACGCUAGAGAUAUUACAUUGUACGUUGUAUAAGAAAGACUUACCUAACUUUUAAUGAACUUAUUGUGUUUUCAGGACAAGACACUGCAAAAUGAUUUUAAAACUUUGAUUUUAACUGAAAAUUUUCUCACCAAAAAUUAAGUUUUCAAAGACCUUCAAUCUGUGAGUCAUGGGUUCAGAUACCAUUAUUAUUGGUAAAAGAGUAGCCCAAGAGUUGGCAGUAGGUGGUGAUGACUAGUUGUCUUCCCUCUGAUGUGUCAUUUUAAAAUUAAGGGUGGCCAGUAGAGAAAGCCCUUGUGUAGCUUUGCACAAUUUUAAACAAAAAAGUUAACAUGUAUAUGGCUUAAACUGGUACGAAAGGUUGUAGAAAGGAACCAAUUAGUGUAUAUGGGUAAGUGUAGUUCAGAAGACUUUGCAUAAUAAAAGUAAGACUGGGUGAUAUUCUCAGUCUGUUUCAUUUAAUAGGCAAGUUAUUGAAUGUCAUUAUAUUGCCCAGUAGUAAAAAACUUUAUGAAUUGGCCAAAUUUUGAGAAAAGGUUUAUUCUCACAGAAACACAACCUACUCCAGUUUUGGCUUUUGAUUCAGUUUCAUCUGAAUAUAAUUAACAACUUACACACACAAACCCAUCACCCAACAUUGA